CCCGGAGUCCCCGCCCACAGUUCAAAGUGGAAAAAUGGCGGGGGCGCCUGAGGGUCUGGUCUUCGUCUCUCCACCAGAUGAGGAGAUGGCGACCGGAGCAGACGACCCGGCCUCGGUCCCCGCUGCUCCCCGAGAGGACUUCCGGGUGCUCUGCACCUCGAAACGGGCGGUGACGGAAGUGCUAGAGCUGUGCGGGCGCUUCGUGCAGCAGCUCGGGGACGCGCUGCCGGAGAAGAUUCGGGAGCCCGCGCUGCGGGAUGCACAGUGGACUUUUGAAUCAGCUGUGCAAGAGAAUGUCAGCAUUAACGGGGGAGCGUGGCAGGAAGCUUCAGAGAAUUGUUCUAUGGAUUCUGACAUCAAAGUACUUGAAGAUCAAUUUGAUGAAAUCAUAGUAGAUAUAGCCAUGAAACGUAAGCAGUAUCCCAGAAAGAUCCUUGAAUGUGUCAUCAAAACCAUAAAAGCAAAACAGGAAAUUCUGAAGCAGUACCAGCCUGUCGUACAUCCACUGGACCUAAAAUAUGACCCCAAUCCAGCCUUUCGUAUGGAAAAUUUGAAAUGCAGAGGGGAAACAGUAACUCAGGAGAUCAGUGAAGCCAUGAAGUCUUUGCCCACGUUAAUUGAACAAGCAGACGGAUUUUCCCAAGUUUUAAAGAUGCAGCCUGUUAUUCAGCUCCAGAGGAUCCACCAAGAAGUCUUUUCCGGUUGCAGUAGGAAGACAGAUGUUAAACCCGAGAGUUUUAUAACACAAAUAGAAACCACACCAACAGAGACUGCUGGCAGGAAAAGCACUGACAUGGUACUGAGAAGAAAGAGAACGAAGGAGUGCCCCCAGAGAAGAUGGUAUCCAUUGCGGCCAAAGAGAAUCAACCUUGAUGCCUAGACUCCCUUUGUUUAUCUUGGGAGUUGAAAGUAGAUGCUAUCACGUAGAUUACAGCCUAGACAGGGCUUCACUGAAAACAAGAGAUAACUCUUCAGUGAUCCCUUUAUACAGAUACAGCUGCUCUGUGCUGGGAGGCCAUGUAAUACCGUAUUCCUUUCUUUACCAUUUCAUCUACAGUAUGUGAAAGGCAUUUCUUUAUUGGCACAAAGGCCAUCAUUGAGCAUUAAGGGUGCAAACUUUUGCUGUCCUUAAAUGCCACCAACUCUUGGCUACCUUGCAGCUUUUAUGGAAUUUCAUGAGUGAUGUAUUCUUUUGGGUUUCCCUGAUAUACGUGUUUCUCAAAAAAAGAGCUGUGUAACUGUUGUCUUUAUUUAAAGUGCUGAAAAGUAACCAUCACUUCUGCACAGCAGCAGAUGCAGUUUGGGUUUGUUUUUGUUUUAAGAUGUAAUUUGACUUAUCAAAUUAAUGUGCAGAUAACAAGACUGGCUUUGACUUUGUUACUCCAAGUUCAGCUAAUUUGGAUUUGUGGGGUUAAUUUUAGGAUUAUUUGUUUUUGUUUUGUCUUUUAAGACUUAAAAAGAAGAAUACUAGUAUUUGCGCAGGAAUUACUCUUACAAAUAAAAAUUGACGUGUAGCCAGUGUUUCCUGCCCACACUUUUGUUUUCCAAAGACCUUUUAACUUUUAAACAUAAUUUGACUUGAGACUUAACAGUUUCCUUUCAGGGUUUAUCAUUCCUUUUUUUUAGAGAAUUCCAGUUCUAAAAUAUAUAUAGGAUUACAUCAGCAAAUUGUCAUUGUGCAAUAAAUGUAUGCAAUCAUAUUGAACUAUUCCACAUUUAAAGAUGUUUAUACAUCAAGUAUAUAAUCAUUGGUAGAAGAAAUCUGAGAAAGCUGUAUCACCUAUACUUCUAGCAUUUAACAGUAGUUUAUUAUAGCUCUUGUGUCUUUUACUGACUAAUCAUGAGGCUGUAAAAUUUGUACUUGUCUUGCUGACUAUGUCUUGCUAAUCAUAAAUGUGUAAAUUGGACAGGAGAUCUAUCUCAGUGAAGGAAACUGUAAAGCUACUUCAUUACGUUGGAGAUCUGUAUAUUUGUACAUAGCAGUGUGUUUUUUAUUAAAAUAAUGCACAAAGACAUCUUGAUGCUGUGUAUUUUUAAGAGUUGCCGUAGGUAUUCUUGACCCAGCUUGAGGUGGAUGGUAGGUCACUACCUGCAUGUCAGAACACACUGAAAUGUCCCUGUUGAGCGGCUCCAGAGUAUUGCUGUUCUAGCACAUGCUAACUUUUCAUAGCGGUAAGAUUCUGUACGAUUUGUUUAGCCUCAAAAGCCCCCAAACAAAAGAGUAAUUUUAUUAGCUUUGAUAAGCUAAUAGUGAUACUGUUAUUAUACAAGGAAGCAGUGCAUACUGAGAUACAUAGUUGAAUGGUAUAAUGUCUAGGAUUCACUCUGAAAUACGGCAGCAAAGGAGGAAAAGACAUAGACUUAUAAGCGAAUGUGGCAAAAAUCUUGAUAAUGUUAAAUCUGGGGGUUGGAUAUAUUCUUUCUAUUUUUAUGUAUGUUUGGUAAAUUUUUUAAUUUUUAAAAAAGGUUUGUUGUUCUAUUGUAAAGACCCAGACAGCUGAGACUUGAAACCCUCUGAGAGCCCAAAGUUCCACUCCACAGUGAGAGCACAGUGUAAAUAGAAAAAGUACCACCAGGAAAGGCAGUGUGUUGAUGGUGUUAGCUGAGAGACACGACUCAUACCAGCGAUGAUGCGGGGCAAGUGCGUACUUCACAGAGGAGGAACUGUACUUCUGCAUCAGCCAGGAACUCGCUAGCUAAGAGAAUGGAAAGUAAAGACGUGUGUGGUCAUGGAACGUUGGAAAUGUUGAAGGAACAAAUAGAAAAUAAAAUUUUGACCUCCCUGUGGUAAAAACAAACACAAGGAAGUCCAAUCCAGUCCGAGGGAAGAGAGAACACAGUCAGAACAGCUAGUUUCUGAUCAGUGAAGGAACAUGCGUUUUGUGAACUUCAGCUGUUAGAGUCCUACCUUCUUACUUUUUACCGUGUCUGAGUAUCAUCUGAGCUCUUUUUUCUUAAUUUUUUGUGUUAUUUCCAUCCUUCCCCUUAUCUUCCACAUUUCAUUUGUUGUAGACAUACUGAAAUGUAAAAGAUAAAAUAUGCCUUGAAAUUCACUCUUGAGCAGUAACCAUCGUUACUAUUUUGACGUAUGAGUUUUAAAUGAUUUUUCCUUCGAGUAGACAACUAUGAAUAUCAAUAUAUAAUUAUAAAAGUAAGUAUAGGUUUGUGUUAAAUUUGUAGCCAUAUAGAGAUACACGCAUUCAAAUACACAUAUACAGAUACAAACAUUUAUAUAAAAUAAAUACAAUCGGAAACUAUAUGCACCUCAUAUAUAUGGACAGUCUUCCAUGUAAGUACAUAGAGAAUUCAUAGCUGUUCUGUGUUGUUUUGUUACUCCUGCCCAGGUAGCUGCUAACCUACUUGUCUCUAUGCAUUUGCUCGUUGUAGAUAUUUCAUACAAGUGGGACCAUACAAUAUUUGUCCUUUUGUGUCUGGCUUAUUUCACUUAGCAUAAUGUUUUCAAGGUUCAGCCAUGUUGUAGCACAUAUCAGAACCUCAUUUCUCUUUAAGGAUGAGUAAUAAUUCCAUUGUAUCGUAUGUACCACAGUGUUUCUCCAUCAGUUGAUGGACAUUUGGGUUAUUUCCACUUUGGGACUAUUACGAAUAAUGCUGCUAUGAAUAUUCAUGUGCAAGUUUUUGUCUGGACAUGUUUCCAAUUCUUGGCUAUUAUACGUAGGGGUGGAGUUGGCUGGUCAUAUGGUAAUUCUGUGUUUAAUAUUUUGAGGAUUUACCAAACUGUUUUCCAUAGCAGCUGCCCCAUUUUACAUUACCUCCAGCAAUGGAUGAGGGUUCCAAUUUCUCCAUGUCUUUGCCAACACUUAGUUACUGCCUGUCUUUUCGAUACAGCCAUGCCAGUGGGCGUGAAGUGGUAUCUCACUGUGGCUUUGAUUGGCGUUUUCGUGGUGGCUGAUGAUGUUAAACAUCUUUUCCUGUGCUUAUUGAGUGUUGGUGUAUCUUCUUUGGAGAAAUACCUAUUCAAAUCUUUUGCGCAUGUUUUAAUUGAGUUAUUUGUGUUUUUAU